GCCGUUUCUUCGCGGCUUCAUUCCGGUGGAACCGUCUGACGCUUCGUGCAGUAGAGUAGUGUUCAGCAGCAUCAACAUGGACAUGGUGAAGAUUGAGCAGGUGAUUGUCGGAGGAGAGAUGAAGCCCCCUCCUCCUCCUCCUCCUCCGGAGGUGAAGCCCGAUCCUGUGGUCGCCCCUCUGCCGGCCUAUCAACAUGAGAGUCUGCAGUGUUUUCAGUGUUUCAUCACCUUCCGCAACUUGCAAGCCAAGGAGCGACACAUCAGGAAGAGCCACCGGGAUCAGUACAGACAGCACCUGAUGCAGACAAAUACUCUCUUCACCUGCUAUAAGUGUGACAGAUCCUUCAAAUUCUCUGAAGAACUCAGGCAGCACCAGGUCACCCAUAACACUGAGGAGAGGCCUUUCCGCUGCUCUUACUGCUUGGAAAACUUUGUCACCUAUACUGAUUUGAACAAACACAGGCGACAUGAUUGCGUGGAACGAAAGUACCUCUGCAAAGACUGUGAUAUCUUAUUCCCCACUGUUGCACGACUUCGCAACCAUCGUACCGAAAUACACGUCCGAGCCGCCGCGCUGGCACGAGACCUCGACGCGCACCGGUGCCACAAAUGUAGCUGCAGUUUCCAGUCGGACGAAGCUCUCCAGCAGCACCUAUUGAAAUAUGCAAACGAUAUGAACUGUGGCCGAAGACGCCGCAAAACAAAGCCUGAGGAGUUAGUGGGCACUAAAAAGAUGAAGCAAGAAGAAGACGACGACGACGACGGCUCCCCGACUGAGGGGUGCUCCUCUGCAGAGAUGCAGAUUCCCUGCUCUGAGCCGGAUUGUGAGCUUGUCUUCCCGUCCGUGGCAGCCCUGCGGGUCCACAAGAAGGAGGCCCACGGGUCCCUGCAGCGCAAGGCCGCCAGCGCCGAGUAUUCUUGCCCUAUUUGUGGAAAAAGCUUCGCAAGAGUGACCACACUGAAGGCUCAUCAAUGCACCCACACUGAGGGAGAAGAGGAAACGGCAAACAGAUAAUGCUGAUUCCAGAAAAAAUGACUUCGCUAUCUUCCUGCAGUGUUCAGUUAUAUCAUCGGAGAACAUGUAUGAAGAUUUUUUUUUUUUCCUAAAUGUGAAUAUUUCAGGGUGAUGAUGGGGAUGAAUGCAGCGCCAAUGUAUAAGGUUUUUUAAAUUAUAUUUGCAAUUGUGGAUUAAAAGUGUUUACCCCUCUGUAUAGAAUUAUCAUCAAUUUUCAUUUAAAAUGGUUUCACAUUUCUUUUUGAUGUCAGUGUAUUGCCUCUAUUCUGCUUUACUCUUUGUAGAUUAAGUGUCUUCAUUCUCCCUCAGCUGUGGGGAUGAUUUUGGUUUUGCUGCAUCCUGCUAUUUUUUGAAAUUCAAUAUAUUACAAAGCCACAGAGAAUGUAAGCCUUCAACACAAUAAAAUGCUAAAUCCAAUAAAUGGGUGCGUUUGCAAGAUUGUCUUUAAUGGGACUUCAUUAA